UCUCCACCCUCUCUGUCUCUAUCUCUCCUCCCCCCUCUCUCCUUUAAUCAAUCUAUUUUGAAUCUUAGAGGGGUUGGAAAUAAAUCAUCUGUGAGGAGAUAAGACAGGUGGGUGAGAGGCUUGUGAAGAUUACAGGCAAAAAGAAAAGAUCUCAAGUUUUAUUUAUUUAUGUUGUAUAAUUUUCAGAAUAUAUAAUCCUGCAUGCUUUUUAUUUCAAGGAACCUAGAUAUACUUCUGAUUUGAUGCUAUAACACAUACAACGAUUACAUAUUAAAACUGACAAAUGGGGUCUGAAGGGCCUUCGCCAGUAACUAUUCAUGUGACCGGUUUUAAGAAAUUCCACGGGGUUUCGGAGAAUCCGACUGAGACAAUUGUCAGUAAUCUCACAGAGUAUGUGAAGAAGAAGGGUUCACCAAAAGGUCUGGUUCUUGGAAGUUGCAGCAUUCUUGAGACUGCAGGACAAGGAGCACUUGCUGACCUGUGCCAGACAUUGCGAUCUGCUAUUGCCGAGCAGGAUACUUCAAAUUCCAGCAGAACUAUUUGGAUACACUUUGGUGUUAAUAGUGGUGCAACAAAGUUUGUUCUCGAGCGACAAGCCUUCAAUGAAGCUACUUUCCGUUACCCUGAUGAAAUGGGAUGGAAGCCUCAGAAAGUUCCGAUUAUUCCUUCAGAUGGUGGAAUUGCACAUGUGCGAGAGACUUCUCUUCCCCUCGAGGACGUAACAAAGGCCUUGGCAGAGAAGGGUUAUGAGGUGGUGAUCUCAGAUGAUGCAGGCCGGUUUGUGUGCAAUUACGUCUACUACCAUUCCCUUCGGUUUGCAGAGCAAAACGGGACCAAAUCACUUUUUGUUCAUGUGCCUCGCUUCUCGACCAUAGACGAGGAGACCCAAAUGAAGUUUGCUGCUUCCUUGCUAGAUGUACUUGCUUCAUCAUACUAGUACACUCUAUAAUCCUCCAACCACACCUGAAUGCCGAAGAGCUGUAAGCGAGCUAAACGGAAUGCUCGAAUAAUCAGAAAGUGUAAUCAGAGGGAAACUGUAUUGAAAGAACACUCUUAAUUAUGAUGUAUUUUCAUGAGUCUUUUCCAGAAAGUUUCCGGUGACUUGCCGGAAAUUUUCGAAUCCAGUUUGUGAAUGACAACCCAGUCUGCUCAUAGAGCUUACUACUACUUUUAUGAA